CUUUUUACAAAUUCCGGUGUGACAAUAACUUGUUCAUAAAAGAUACCAUAACUUGAGCUUUUACAAAUUCCCGCUGUGAGAGAGAGGCAGAGAGGUGCAAAUGGAAUCUGACGACGAAUUGGUAGUAGGGGCUCAGGAUGCUAGCGACGACGGCGACUCAUACGACGACGAUUUCUACGGCGGAGGAUUUGGCGGUGCUCAAGACUCCGACGACGACGUCAUCAUGGAUUACGAUUUCAUUGAUAACGACUCUGACGAUUCGGACGGCCUUGUCUCCCAUUAUCGCUCUCAGACCAACUACACCAUUUUGAAUGAAGCCGAUAUACACCAACGUCAAGAGGAAAGUAUUACGAAAAUAGCUACUGUUCUUUCCAUAUCGAAGGUCGCAGCUGGCAUCUUGCUACGCCAUUAUAACUGGAGUGUCAGCAAAGUCAAUGAUGAAUGGUUUGCAGAUGAAGUAAAGGUUCGCAGGACUGUUGGGUUGUUAGAGAAUCCCACUCAACUUCCUAGUGAAAAAGAGAUAACUUGUGGGAUCUGUUUUGAAACGUGUCCCCGUGCUGAAAUUAGUUCUGUUGCUUGCGGUCAUCCUUUCUGUUUCACGUGUUGGCAAGGGUAUAUAAGCACAUCCAUAAAUGAUGGUCCUGGGUGUUUGAUGUUGCGAUGCCCUGAUCCAUCUUGUAGUGCUGCAGUGGGUCAAGAUAUGGUAAAUGCAUUUGCCACUCAAGAGGAUAAAGAGAAAUACAACCGUUACUUUAUUAGGUCUUUUAUUGAGGACAACAGAAAGACAAAGUGGUGCCCUGCUCCUGGCUGUGACUAUGCUGUUGAUUUUAUCGUCGGAAGUGGAAGUUAUGAUGUCAUUUGCUGCUGCUCAUACAGUUUCUGUUGGAAUUGUUGUGAAGAGGCUCAUCGGCCAGUUGAUUGUGGAACUGUGGCCAAGUGGAUCAUGAAGAACAGUGCUGAAUCUGAGAAUAUGAAUUGGAUUUUAGCCAAUUCCAAGCCUUGCCCAAAGUGCAAGAGACCAAUAGAGAAAAAUCAGGGCUGCAUGCAUAUCACAUGCACCCCUCCCUGUAAAUUUGAAUUCUGCUGGCUAUGCCUUGGUUCAUGGUCAGAACACGGUGAGAAAACAGGUGGCUUCUAUGCAUGCAACCGUUAUGAAGCAGCAAAGCAAGAGGGCGUGUAUGAUGAUGCUGAAAAACGAAGAGAGAUGGCUAAAAAUUCUUUAGAAAGAUAUACACAUUACUAUGAAAGAUGGGCAACCAACCAAUCGUCUAGACUAAAAGCUCUUGCAGAUCUUCAACAAAUGCAAACUGUUCAUCUUGAGAAGUUGAGUGAGGUACAAUGUCAGCCUGAAUCACAGUUGAAGUUCAUAAUAGAUGCCUGGUUGCAGAUAGUUGAAUGUAGACGGGUGCUAAAAUGGACAUAUGCAUAUGGAUUUUACCUUCCUGAGCAUGAACGUGCCAAGAGACAAUUCUUUGAAUAUCUGCAAGGUGAAGCGGAGUCUGGCUUAGAACGGCUUCAUCAAUGUGCAGAGAAGGAACUUCAGGUGUACCUUAAUGCAGAUGGUCCAUCAAAAGAUUUCAAUGAAUUUCGCACAAAGCUAGCAGGGUUGACAAGCGUGACCCGGAAUUACUUUGAGAACCUUGUCCGAGCAUUGGAGAAUGGUCUGUCCGAUGUGGACCCUCCUCGGGUAGGCGGUUGCAGCAGGGUGGCAGGAGUAGGCUCAAAAAGCAUCGUUGGAUGUUUAAGCAGCAGUAAAGGAAGAGGAAGUAGCAAGGGAAAGGGGACCACCACGACAUCUAGAUCAAGCAGUUCCAAAACCAUUGAUGAUUCGGGACACUGGUCUUGUCAAUAUUGUACCUACGCUAACAUUAGAUCUGCUCAUGUUUGCCAGAUGUGUCAGCAACGCCCUUGAAACUUCAUAAACAAAAUGAAGAGGGAUAUCUCUUCUCUUGUUAACCCUUUCCCCUAUCCCAACAGACGAGGGGGGUGGUGUACAUAAGCGUAUGUUGUACUACGUGUUUCUCAGACUUGGCUAGAAAAUCUCAUGUUUUAUUGUAUUGUAUUUCUGUUGCUGUCCAUGUUAGGGACGCCAGAAAACAUAUCUGCUUGUAUUGCUUGCUCAAAGCUCUAUGUUGUAUUGUAUGUUAAUCUAUAUACUACUCUUAUAGGAGAGGAUGGAUAAUUUAAACGGCAUCCUAAAGAAUAAAAGUUUUACAUCAUGGCUUUCAGUGUAUCAAUUUCAUUUAAGCUGACUAUAUGAGUCAGGAUAUCUUGCACAUCCACUACUCCACUAGGUUCUGGUUCUAAAUUCUAAUUGUUAC